CUGCUAGAAACGAAGCUGAAAAACAAUGUUUUUCUUUAGAUACUAUUGUUACGUUGGAAGGUGGAAAAAAAAUUGAAAUGUCUGAAGUUAGAGUUGGUGAUAAGGUCGCUUGUGUCGGCUCUAAUAAUAAAGUAGAGUAUUCGGAAGUUUAUCUGAUUGCUCAUGUAGAUAAGGAUAAACAAGCCGAAUUCUUAAAAGUCGAUUACACUAAACCUGAUGGAACAACAGGAUGUUUGAACUUAACUUCAGAACAUCAUUUGUUUGUUAAUGGUUCGUUUGAUUACGCUCAUAAUAUUCGUCCAAAUGAUUCACAAAUUCAGAUUUUAUACAAAGAUGAAUUAAUUCCCGUAAGAGUUACAAACGUCUCCAAGGAAAUACGCAAAGGGUACAUCGGAAUCUUUACACGUACCGGAACAAUCAUAGCGGAUGAUGUAUUUUGUAGUUGUUAUUCUAGUUGUCCACCGUACCAAAAUAUUAUUCAUUAUAUUAUGGCCCCCAUACGAUUUACAACUCUAUUUCAUAAAUCAAAUUAUUGUGAUAGUGAGAUUCAUCCUUAUUUGAAGUUUCUUUAUAAUAAUUAUAAAUCCAUUACUGGAGCUUUUUAAUUAGAAUAACGAAUAUUUUGGAAAUCUCCGAUUUUUUUUCGUAUUUU